UAACACCACGUGUAACAGUUGCAAUUUAUUAUCUAACUGCAACAAAAGUGAAGAGUGCUCAUAUUUGGCUAAUAGUUUCAAUCUGUUGAAAGUUUUCGAAGCAGUCAAGCGCCUCCCGUUCAACAUGUUGAGAUUCGUAUCAGCCCUUGCAAUUUUGGCCGCAACCGCCAAAUGCGCUCCGGUGGAACCAGUUCACUAUAGUUUCGUGGCGCAACAUCCACACCACGACUACGUACACCAUGCCGUUCCCGAGAUCCACUAUCCGAUUCAAGUUGCCGAACAUCAUGGACAACACUAUAUCGAAGUACCGCAAAAUUAUAUCGUCGAAACUCAUGAUCUUCACGGUCAUGUUGGUUCCAGUGCGGAAAGCUAUGUCGAUAGCAACGCCUAUUCCGGCUCUUACAGUUCACUGUACGGAGGACAGAACCACGGUCACCUGUACUCUUCCGGAGGUCAUGCAACGUAUGCCAAAAGCUACAACGAUUACUAUUCGUACCCCAAGUACAACUUCGAAUAUGGCGUAGAUGAUCCGCAUACCGGCGAUCACAAGAAGCAAUGGGAAGUGCGGGAUGGCGAUGUUGUCAAAGGAGGAUACAUGCUGAAAGAAGCCGACGGAACGACUCGUGUUGUCGAAUAUACCGCCGAUGAUCAUAACGGCUUUAAUGCAGUUGUCAAGAAGAUCGGUCACGCCCAUCAUCCUGAAACCAACGUUCACCAACCGCAGGGCGCUUACGGUCUGCCAGGUAAUUAUGCUGGUUCCUAUGCCACCAGUGACUACUACGGCAAAGGUGCCACUAGCUACGCCCAUGUAUGGAAGCAACACUAAGUCAGAAUGGCCGGAAAGGAACCGUAGUUCUGCCAAAGACCGCUGCAGCAGCUCAACUUGAUACGAUAUUUAUUUUAUUUUAUUGCUCAAAACUGAACCCGUGAAAAGUUUUAGUCAAACAUGCUCUUCACCAUUUGGGUGUUUUACUUUCAUACUAGAAGGAGUUAGAGAUAUAUUUCAAUUUGAAAAAAGCAGUAUCUUCAACCAAAUCCUCAUAGGAAUUGUUGAUGGACUGGUUAUAUUGAAAUUAUUUGAACUUCAAAAACAGGAUAAAUAAAAUGAUCUGUGAUAAAA